CUGGAUCGUCUGGAUCUAUUUACACGUUGCCAAUACAAACAUCCAACAAAAACUCCGCUCUCCACCUGGUUUGUCCCGUCAUCUCCGCGUCCUAUCCGUUCCAAUUGAUUCCCUUCCUUUGGAUCGGACUGCAUAAUCAUGGGUGACGGUGCCGGCAAUUGGUGCCUCAUCGAGAGUGAUCCGGGCGUGUUCACCGAGCUGAUUCAGAAAUUUGGAGUCAGCGGUGUGCAAGUCGAGGAGUUGUGGUCUCUGGACAAGGAUGACUUUGAGAAAUUGAAGCCCGUCCACGGGUUAAUCUUCCUCUUCAAAUGGGUGCCCGAUGAGAAUCCCCAAGGAACGGUGGUCCGGGAUUCGCGUGCCGAUGAUAUGUUCUUUGCCAAACAGGUGAUCAAUAACGCUUGCGCCACACAAGCCAUCCUGUCGGUCUUGUUGAACGUGAAUCACGAUGAGAUGAGUCUCGGGCCCACUUUGAGCUCAUUCAAAGAGUUUUGCUCAUCCUUCGACUCCACCAUGAAAGGUUUGACGCUUUCGAACUCGGACGAAAUCCGGACCGUGCACAAUUCAUUCUCAAGGCAAAAUUUGUUCGAAUUUGAUCAAAAAUCCGCCACUAAAGAUGAUGAUGUUUUCCAUUUUGUGGCCUAUGUGCCAGUCAAGGGACGACUGUACGAGUUAGAUGGCCUCAAAGAGGGCCCCGUCGAUCAUGGGGCCGUACCUGAGAGUGGGGAUUGGUUAGACUUGGCCAAACCUAUCAUUGAACAACGCAUGGCCAAAUAUCAGGCUGGAGAGAUUCACUUCAACCUCAUGGCUAUUAUGCAAGAUAAGCUUAUGCGGUAUCGCAAAGAACUGGCCAUACUCACGGAAGUCAAUGAUGCAGCGGGUAUUGCAGAUCUGCAAUUGAGAAUCUCGCAAGAAGAACAACAACGAACUCAAUGGAAAAAAGAAAACAUUCGUCGGAGACACAAUUACCUGCCAUUCAUCGUGGAAUUGCUCAAGGGUCUAGCUGAGCAAGGCCAGCUACAAAAUGUGUAUGAAAAAGCCAAAACCAAGGCUCAAGAACUGGACGAGCGCAAAAAGGCGAAAAAGAAAUCGGUUUAAGCAUUUCAUUUGAGGUAAAACCAAAAAGAUAAAAUAAACGGUAUUAACCAACCGUCA